AUGAGCGGGGAUAAGAUGACGCGGAGUGCAACACGCGGUUUCGGCCCCCUUCCAGCACACUGGCUGUCGGAGCAGUUCACUGUAGUGGAUGCUGGAUAUGGCCAAGUUGCUUUCUACAGCGCCAAGUGGGGCCGCUUCAUUAGACUGUCCGGGAGCAAGUUGAAGACCACUUCGAAGAGGGCCGCUACGAACCUGCCAAGCCACUGGGCUUCCCCGCGCUUCACGGUGCUUCCUGCAGGCCAUGGCACUUUUGUCUUCCACAACACCGACGAAAAUCGCAUGAUCCGAAUGACGGACAAGGUCAUGGGCAGCAGCGCCACAAAGGAUCCCCAGGACUUGCCAGACAGCUGGAGCUGGGAGCGCUUCAAGAUCGUCGUGGUCAGCGAGGCCACGCAGAAGGCCGAGGAUGUGAGCUGGAGCUUUGACUUAGCCAUGGUCCCAGAGACGGCAACCGAAAGUGUAAGAAAGUGUAAGCAAGAAUUCUGGCUUCCGAUCAUGGAGAUCCGGCAGCGCUGCUUGCCAGCGUAA